UCGGCCAUGUUUGAUUUUGGCCGCCAUGUUUUGUCAGCCACAAUUUCAGCUUUGCCCGUUCGAGUUGAACGCGUCUAGCGCGUAAAUUUUCGGGAAGAUGAAGAAGGUCAUACAGCCAAACGUCAGAAAGGUUUAUGGGGCGAGUGUUCAGCAGCAGCAUCAGACGGAGAUUCAGCUGAAUGCCGUCCGGAAGAUAAACAGUCUCCUGUCGACGGGUGCCGUGAGUGUCACGGGGCCCACACAGCCGCGCAUCCUCAAGCAAAAGCCCCAAAUUUACAAUGUCAACAGUCAACAGCAGAAAUGCUACGUGUGCGAUGAAGUUUGCGGUGUGAAUGGGGCCCUCCUGCUGGACACCUUCACAACACACUCCCACACAAAGCUACCAAAUAAAAUUGGGCGUCUCAUUGGAGAUGCCUUCCUCGUGAUUGUGCGUGCCGAUGAUGUUGUUUGCAAGCGCUGCGUCAGCCUGUUCAAUCGCAUGGAUAACUUCGAAACGGAACUGGAGCGCAUUCGCAACAACAUCCUCGGUUUCAUCUGUCGCAAGUAUGGGAUUACAGAGGAUGAGAUUCGUGGCGGGGCUCCCGUUAAUAGUGGCCCACCGCCGUCAAAGGUGCAGAAAAUCGCCACACCCAGCGGCACGGGAACGAAGAUUGUCACCCGUGUGCUAUCCACAGCAGAUCACGAUGAUGGAGAUGAUGUCCAGGUUCAAACACGCAAAAUAGCCCGAUCAGAUGGGGGUUCAGAUGUACACGACAACACCGAGGUACGCACAAUGCCAGCCCUGGUGCGUACAUCAACAAACAAUAGCCCCCAAGUGCGUAGGGUGAUCACAACGUCAACACCACAGGGUGGUGGGACACCGAGAGAACCCAUAAAGAUCUACAGAUGCGCCUCGUGCGAUCACACAACGCCGGAUUUGAAGCAGUUCCAGAGUCACUAUGAGCACUGCCGCAGCACGUGGCCGUGCAAGGUGUGCAAGCGUGUCUUCACGACGUCACAGGCACUGAAAUUGCACAUGCAGGACAAGCAUCCGGCCAAUGAUUUCACGUGUAACCUCUGCAAUCUCAACUUUAUGAAUGAUGCUGCCUACAAGAGGCACAUUGAGGUCUCCCAUCCGGAUAUGAAGAUUGUCGAGGGCACCGCAGCCGGCACGGCGUCCGUGACAACGGCCGUGAGUCAGGCGUCGGGUGGGCGUACGGGCGUGAUGUACACAUGCAGCAUCUGUGGGUGGAAGACGGGUGAACGGCAGGCGUAUGAGGAGCACGUGCGGAAGCACAAUAAGAUGAAGCCAUUCAAGUGCCGUAUCUGCAAUCAGCGCUUCGAGACACGCGAGAGUGCCAGUAAGCAUGCCAAAACCCACCAGCCGGACUUUUACAAGUGCGGCGACUGUGACUCCUCAUUCCCGCAGCGUGAGCUGCUUAUGAAGCACUUUGAGGUGCGCCAUAAGGGCGCAAUAGCCGGUCAGACGACCCACAAGGUCGUCACGACGGUGGUGAAUAGCAGCAGCAACACCCCAACGUCGCAAAGUGUGACAACGCAGAAACUCCUGCAGGAGACCAUUGAUGAGGCGCUGCGUGAUUCCGGGGAUGCCCUGGACACGACAAAGGGCAUACACUUCUUCUCAUGCAACAUCUGUUCCCUCACAUUCAUCCAGGAGAACUACUACAAUCAGCACAUGGAGACCCACAAGAGGGACGCAAAGAAGGUCGCCGUGACGUCGGCCGUGGGGCAACUACCCACCGUGUCAUCCGUAUCAGCAGCAACGGCACAGCGACAGAGUCUCAUUAGGCAGGAUGUACGGAGUACCAAUGCCACAAUUCUCGGUACGCAAUCAACAACAAUUAGUGAUGCGGAUCUUGAGAGUAUUUUUGAGAAGAUGCACGCGGAUAAAGGGCACGACACGGAUGCUGUGAGUGCCGUACAGACCACCACGAGUGACAAUCUCGUCAUCACCAAGCAGUCAACAGCCGGUGGGGGGAUCACCUACAACAUCACAAUCCCACAGCAACAGGAAGAGGCUGCUGAAGGAGCAGGACAGGGAGCUGAUGGGAAAGUGAUAUUCCAGACAAAUGAGGGUGAAGGUGGUCAAGUUGCGGCAGCUGGCAUUGAUAUGCCAGUGUUGGAUAAUCUGGAUGAGACAGAAGCUGGGCAACAGGCGCAAGAGGAGGUGGUGGCGCAUCAGCAGCAACAUGAGGAAGAGGCUACGGAGGUUGGUGGGGAAGAUGGUGGUGGUGGUGGUGGUGCCGAUGGGGGUGCCACGGGGCCACCCGUUAGUAUGCCCAGCUUGGACGAUGAUGGGGAUUCACAGAGUCAAACGGGGCACAUUGAUGGGGUUCCACUGGAGUUGGAUGAGAUGCAGACUGGCGUGGAGGGGGAGCAGAUAAAGUUCAUUCUCAAUGAGAAUGGGCAAUUGCUGCAGCUGGAUAAUCAUAUUAUCACAACAGAUGCCGAGGGGAAUCAGAUAAUUGUCCAGGGUGCAGAUACGGAGCAUUUGCAGCAAUUACUGCAAUCUGUGGCGGGACUCGAUGGGAAUACAAUUCAAAUGAUUGGCGGUGAGAAUAAUCAGAUGAUUCUCGUGCAGCAGGGUGAUGGGGAGCCACAGUUGAUUGAUGCAUCCCUCCUGAAUGCUGAUGGGCACAUUGUGAUCCAGCAGGCACAAGAUGGGGAAUCCCAGAGUUCGGAGGAUGUGCAAAUACCCACAACGGUGGCCUAUACGACGACCGGUGGGCAGGAGGAUGGGGUUCCGGAGCAAGUGGGCGAGGAGAGUGUUGUGCAGCAUGCAGUUGAUGGGGAAGUGAUUGAGGGGCAGGAAGUUGUCCAGGGAGGGGAUCAGCCGAUGGAGACGGAGGAAGAAGUUGCAAAAGAAGUGACUGAGGGUGAAGAUGAGGGCAGUCAGCAUGCGGAAGAGGAACAAGUUGUCAAGGAGGAUGAGCAACAGCAGCAACAACUGCAACAGGGUGGUGGUGGUGGGAUUAAGGAUGACGGUGAAGUUGUUGAGGAGACACCCGUUACGUCGGCACAGACAACUCAAUCGUCGGAGGUCUUUUUUAACAUUGACGACCUAAUGGGACAACCAGAAGCUGAACAGAAGUGAACAAAUAAAAUUCAAUUCAUUUUGGAUAAUUUAUAAUUUCUUUUGCACUAUUGUGGAGAAUUUAAAUAAAAAUAAAAAUAAACGGAUAAUGAAAUGGAAAUGCUGCUGAAGAAGCGAAAUAAGAGAAACACAGAGAAUUCAACGCAAAGGAUUGUUGCAGCAGCAGCAGUGAAUGAAGGUAAAGAAUAAAAAACAAUUUACAAGUGAAUGAUUGUGUGAAGAAAAACAAAAUAUAUCUGUAAAUGCAAUUAAAUUUAUUUGAGAGAGAAAAUGAUUUAAGAAAAGAAACAAAAAAAAACAAUUAGCGACAAGUUGUGUGUGAGGGAAGAAAGAAAAUUAAUGAAGUUUAGAGAGAAAAUUUUAUUCACAGACACACACACAAUAAAAUAUAAAAUAUAAUUAAUAAAAUUUACUAAAAAGAAGGGGAGGAAACAUAAAUAAAAAAAAUGAGAAAGACAUCCCGGAAAAAUGGAAAAUUUUUCCCAGAACGAAAUGAUGAAAAAAAAUAUAAGAAAAAUAUAUUUUGUUGCAAAAGAGAGAAGUUGAAGGGAUAAAGGAAAUAUCUAACUAAAAUAUAGAUGAUGAUUUAAUCCACCUUUUAUUGACCGAAUAAUGUGGGCAGUAUUUAGUGAAGAAAAAGAGAGAGAGCAAGAGCACGAAGAGAGAAUUUUGAAAGGAAAAGAAUAUUAUUAUAUUACUUUUGCCAGAGUAAAGAAAUAAAAAAAAAAUAUUGUGCAGGAGAAAUGAAAAAAAAAUUUCUAACAUAAAUUUUCAGAAUAAUUAUUAUGCAAUUUUAUGUAUAGAAAUGCUCUGAUGAUAAAAUAUUCAUUAAAAAAAUAUCUUUGUCACUAUAAAUGGAUUAAAAAAAAAAGAAGAAUUUCAUUAAUCCUUUGAGAAAAAAAAAGAAGAAAAUAUUUAAAACAAAUAGGAAUGAUUGAAAAUGAAGAGAAAGAAAAUAUAAUAUUUUAAAGGAAAAUUUCUUCUCAUCCACUUUUCUGCCCUUUCCCUCCCCACCCCCACCCUCUACAACACCUUCCCCUGCAAGAAGCAAAAAAAAAUCCCAACAUUGCAAAAGAGAGAAAAUGCAAAAAAAUAUAAAAUAUUUAAAUAAUAAAGAAAAAAGGACACAAGAAAUAUAUUUUAGAAGGAAACACAAAGAAAGAAAAAAACAUUCUCCAUAAAUUGAAAUACAUUAAAAAAUCGUUCAAAAAAUCAAAAGAAAAUAUAGAGAAAAAAAUAUCUCUUUUGAAAAUGUAAUUUAAUUAUGAUGAUAAUGAGAGAGAGAAAGAGAAAAUUGAUAGAAAAACAAGGAGAAAAAAAAACAAUUUAGACUUUAAUUUUAGUUUUAAUUUUUAAACAAACAAAAUCCCUAGCUUAAGUGAGUUUGAUUGGAAAUUUAAAUAGAUGAAAAAACAAUUAUAAACAAAAUCGCGAAAUAGAUUUAAAAAACAAACAAACAAACAUAAAUACAUCCAAAACAUUCUCAAAAUUAAAGAAAAUCUACAGAAGAUUAAAAAAAAAUUCAUUGGAAAAUAGACCGAAAUAGUGAGAUAAAAUGCAAAAAAAAUCUACAAAAAAUGAUUUAAUAGAAUUUUCUUUUUUUUUUUUAAAUUUAUGUAUUUGUCGCCGUAUUUUUUUUUCCUUCAGAAUAUAUAAUUUAUAUUUAAAAAAAAACUAAAAGAAAAAUAAAUGCAACUUCACAGGAUGUUUCGUUGUUUUUUAAUCUUUUCUUUUAAUGAAUAAAAAAAAAUAGUUUAGUAAAAAAAAUGAUUUGUAAUUUAAAGAAUCAAGCAGAAAGGAAAUAAAAUGAGAAAAGAAAUUGAAUAAAAGGCAAAAUAAAAUGCA